GGGUCCUGAGCCGGGGUUUGAUAGGGCAGGAUGCAAUGCAGUCUCCUUCAGCUCGCCCUCCAACCGGUGACUCCUGGCUCUGCUGUGUGUUGUGAGGAACAUCUCUAACAAAGUAAUUUUACCUUAACUCUAGCACCAUCUUCAUCUGGAAUUCAAAACAUCUGGUUCCUCCAACACUGAUACCAGCAAAGUUAGCGGCAGCUUGGAAACCAAAUACAAGAGGCCUGAAUACGGUCUGACCUUCACUGAGAAGUGGAAUACAGACAACACCUUGGGAACUGAAAUCACUGUUGAAGAUCAGAUCGCAAAGGGACUGAAGCUGACAUUUGACACAACCUUCUCACCUAACACUGGCAAGAAGAGCGGCAAAGUCAAGACCGCUUACAAGCGUGAGUACAUUAACGUGGGCUGCGACGUUGACUUUGACUUUGCGGGUCCAACAAUUCACGGAGCCGGUGUUGUCGGCUAUGAGGGAUGGCUCGCUGGUUACCAGAUGAGCUUCGACACGGCCAAAUCCAGAAUGAUCCAGAACAACUUUGCCAUUGGUUACAGGACAGGAGACUUCCAUCUUCUUACCAAUGUCAAUAAUGGAUCUGAGUUUGGUGGCUCCAUCUACCAAAAAUGCAGUGAUAAGUUAGAAACAGCAGUCAACCUGUCAUGGACCGCAGGCAACAACAGCACAAACUUUGGCAUCGCAGCCAAAUUCCAACUGGACAAGGACGCCUCCAUCAGCGCUAAAGUGAACAACAAUAGUCUUAUUGGUGUUGGAUACACUCAGUCUCUUCGACCAGGUGUGAAACUCACCCUCUCCGGUCUGGUUGAUGGAAAGAACAUCAAUGCUGGCGGCCACAAGCUGGGUCUGGGCUUAGAACUGGAAGCCUAAGGUUUCCUCAUGCUACAAGGAACUAGGGAAUAUAAUAAGAAUCAGGCCUUAAAAGUAUGCUCGACUCAAACCAGCAAAGGGAAAUCAUGGGGAAAUGGAUUCAGAGGGUUACAGCAACAAACUCUCAAAGUACCACUUCAAGCUGGUGCUCCUGUCUUUGGUAUAUUUUACCUUUUGUUGCUUUUUACCUUGUAUCUGUUUUAACAGCCAGUUGUUGGCGUAUUUAUUAAACAUGCCAUUGUUUUCGUCAAGCACUGCCAUAAUAAUUUCAAUUCAAUACAUCUUUGUCACCAAAUCCAUGUGGCUUUAUUGUGAAAAUCCAAGACACUUCAUUAUUAUUAUUGUUAUUAUUAUUAUUUACUCAUAAUGUGAGAAGAAAAACCUCAUGUUUCCUGAGGGUUGUCAUACUUUCUGGUUUUUACAUUUAUGAUCCCAUGAUAAUCCCAACCAACAGGUCUCAUUUUCAAACCUUCUGAAUUACACUAAGCUUCUGCAUCUUUCCUGCCCCUGCACACGAGGACACGCUGAGGUUAUGUUUCGUCAACUGUUAAGGAUGUGACUUGAUUUGCAAAGCGAUGCACUUUUCCUUGAACUUGAUAGCUUUUUGAGUUGCUUGAAGUUAUUCUGUAAAGUAAAAGAAAACUGCACGAUUGGCCAGCCUGGGAAAUUCAGGUAAACAACUGGGAGGAAACAUAGUAACAAAUCAUGCCAAACUAUAAUUAUUUGAAGGACGUGUAACUUUGAGUUGCACUCAGGAGCUGCUUCCUUGUUCCAGGUGGAGAUUGAUCCAAGAAAUGGUCUUGAAAUCCCUUACGUGUAUGUGUAAAUUUUCAAUAAAGUCUUUGAACCCCAA